UUUUUUUUUCUUUUUUUUUUUUUUGUUUCCCGGUAUCGUCAUUCCAUCAGAAUAGCCUUUUUUUUCUCGCCCCCUUUUUUUAUUCUUUUUUCUCGGAACCAGUGGUUUCUGUCUCUCUCUCUUGAACUUUUUCUCUUAGAAUCAACGAUGGUCCAACAAGUUCGCAUCAAUACCUUUGUCGAGUCUCUCACCAUGCCUGCUCGCAACGUCGAGUUUCCUCAGAAAAACGGUCAAGUUCAGCCUGUUUCUGAAGUCUUUGGUCAAAAUGUCUUUACACGCAAAGAAAUGGCCAAAAUGUUACCCAAGCCUGUCUACAAGACCUUUAUGGAAACAUUAAAGGGUAAAAAUACGAUUGACAAGGUGACUGCUGAUGCCAUCGCCCAUGCCGCUAAAGUUUGGUCUAUUGAACGUGGUGCCACUCACUUUACUCACUGGUUCCAACCUUUGAAUGAUUCCACUGCUGAAAAGCAUGAUUCUUUCUUGACUUUGAAAUCUUCUUUGGAUGAUGGCGCUGCUCAGGUUGAAGCCAUUGACACCUUCUCUGGAUCUCAAUUAUUACAAUCUGAACCCGAUGCUUCCUCUUUCCCUUCAGGAGGUAUGCGUACUACCUUUGAAGCUCGUGGCUAUACUGUUUGGGAUACCAAGAGUCCUAUGUUUAUUCAAGAAGGUCCUCAUGGUACCAGCGUUCUCUAUAUCCCUUCCGUCUUUAUCUCUUACAAUGGUGAGGCUUUGGAUGAAAAAUCAGUCCUUUUAAGAUCAUGUGAUGCUUUAGAAAAGGUCGCCUUGGAAGUCCUCAACGUGAUUGAACCCAAAGAUGCCGAGAACCGAACCGACUUUGUUUACACCACCCUCGGUACCGAACAAGAAUACUUUUUGAUUGACAGAGGACUCUAUACCCUUCGUCCUGAUCUCAAGAUCACAGGUCGUACCUUAUUAGGCGGCCUGCCUCCCCGUCACCAACAGUUGGAAGAUCAUUACUUUGGUAAAAUUCCUAGUCGUGUCCUUGCCGCUAUCAGUGAAUGCGAGUUGGAAUUAGCAAAGUUGGGUGUGCCUAUCAAGACACGUCACAACGAAGUCGCUCCGGCACAAUUCGAAGUCGCCCCUAUCUUUGAAGAAGCCUUGAUCGCCGUCGAUCACAACUUGUUGACCAUGGAUGUCCUCCAUCGUGUCGCCCAUCGUCAUAAAUUGAAGGUCCUCUUCCAUGAAAAGCCCUUCAAGGGCGUCAACGGUUCCGGUAAGCAUUGUAACUGGAGUAUCUCUACAGACAAGGGCGAAAACUUGCUGGAUCCCUCCAGCACCCCCGAAACCAACUACCGUUUCUUGAUCUUCCUCGUCGCCACCCUGAAGGCUGUCCUUGAUCAUGGCGAUCUUUUGCGUGCUGGUAUUGCCUCGGCCUCCAACGAUCAUCGUCUCGGUGCUCAAGAAGCUCCUCCUGGCAUCAUCUCCGCCUUCCUUGGCUCUCAAUUGACGGAAGUGCUGGAUGCGAUCGAACAAGGCCGUCCUGUCAACUAUGAAGUCGCCGGUCGUGAACUUCAACAUGUGCGUGUCAAGGGCACCGUCUUGGAUCUGAAGGUCGCCAAUUUGCCUGCCAUCGCCCGUGAUUUGACCGACCGUAACCGUACCUCCCCUUUCGCUUUCACCGGUAACAAGUUUGAAUUCCGUGCCGUCGGCUCCAAGCAGUCUCCCUCCUUCCCCAUGACCUUGUUGAACUCGGCGGUCGCCAAGUGCUUGCACGAAAUCUUGGCCGAUCUGAAGGCUGCCAAGGGCGAUAAGCCUGUCGCUUCUGAAGAAGACCAGCUCAACGUCAUUCGCAAAUACAUAAAGCUAACAAAGAACGUUCGUUUCGAAGGCGACAAUUACUCUGAGGAAUGGGUCCAGGAAGCUUCCAAACGUGGUUUGGCCAAUAUCACCAAGAGCGUCGAUGCUUUUGAACGUAUUUUGAGAAAGGAAAAUGCCGACAUGCUGAAGGACAUGGGCGUUUUCUCUGAAGCCGAACUGAGCUCCCGUUACCAUAUUUUGACCGAGAAAUACGCAAAAGACGUGACCAUUGAAGCUCAAACCAUGAUCACCAUGGUCAUUCAGCAAGUCUUACCUGCCGCUUACGACUACAGACGUAACUUGGCUGAAGCCGCCCAUUUCAUGAAGGAUAUCGGCGUCGAAGCUUCUCCAGAAAUUGACUUGUUGAACGAAUUAACACCCAUCGUCGCUGCUCUCAAGAAGGAUAUCAACGAUCUCAAGUACUUUAUGGUUGACUUGACAAAAGAAGACGAUCUUGUUCGAUUGGCUAGGGCCUGUUGUGAACAGGUCGUUCCUAGAAUGGAAACCAUUCGUGAUUUAGCCGACAAAUUAGAGCGUAACGUUGCUGAUAAUUUAUGGCCUCUACCCAAGUACACUGAACUCUUCUUGAACAUUUAAACAAGGAAAAAACAGGCAAUCCCCUUUCUUUUCUUUUUUUAUUUAUUCUCUUUUCUUUCAAAAGCUCUUACCUUAUAGCAUCGUUGAAUUAUUUUUUCUCUUUACUUUUCGUUGCUUCCCAUCCCCCCCCCCUUUUUUUUUUCUUUUUUCUAAUGAUCACUGCUUUUUAUACACAUUCUAUCAAAUGAGAAAAAUAAAUUACAUUCUAUAUCCAAAAAUA